AUGCAUCGGAUUUGGAACAUAUACGUCCUCGCGUCCUUCGGGACCAUAGGCGGGAUGCUGUUCGGCUUCGACAUCAGCUCCAUGAGCGCCUGGAUCGGCUCGGAUCAGUACCUCGAGUACUUUGGCCACCCGGGCUCGACCGAGCAGGGCGGCAUCACGGCCUCCAUGUCCGCCGGCUCCUUUGUCGGCGCCCUCGCCGCCGGCUUCCUGGCUGACCAUCUGGGCCGCCGGGGAGCCCUCAAGGCCGCCUCCAUCGUCUGGAUCAUCGGCGCCGUUCUGCAAUGUUCCGCGCAAAACGUGGCACACCUUGUCGUCGGCCGCAUCGUCAGCGGCCUGUCCAUUGGCGUCACCAGCUCCCAGGUGCUCGUGUACCUGGCCGAGCUGGCGCCAUCGCGUAUCCGUGGCAGGGUCGUCGGCAUCCAGCAAUGGGCCAUUGAAUGGGGUAUUCUAAUCAUGUACCUCAUCUCGUAUGGAUGCUCCGUCACCAUUGACACCCCGGCCGCGUUCCGCAUUGCCUGGGGCGUGCAGGGCGUCCCCGGCUUCGUCCUGUUCGCCGCCUUGUUCUUCUUCCCAGAGUCUCCGCGCUGGCUCGCCUCCAAGGAUCGCUGGGAAGAGGCCCACGAGGUCCUGGCCAACUUGCACGCCAAGGGUGACCUUGGGGACCCGGUCGUUGUCGCCGAGCUCGAGGAGGUCCGCGAGGCCGUUCGCCUGGCCGCCGAGUCCCAAGACAUUGGGUACCUGGGCCUUUUUGCGCCCGGCGUCUGGAAGCGCACCGUAGUCGGAGUCAGCGUGCAAGUCUGGCAGCAGCUGCUGGGCGGCAACGUGAUGCUCUACUAUCUUGUAUACAUCUUUAAUAUGGCUGGACUGUCUGGCAACGUCGCCCUCACAUCGUCAAUCAUCCAGUACGCCAUUUUCCUGGUCACCACGGGCGCGAUCCUGCCCAUCAUAGACCGCCUCGGCCGACGCUGGCUGCUCAUCAUCGGAGCCAUCGUCUGCGGCGUCCUCCACUUUGCGACUGGGGCCAUCAUGGCCGUGUACGGCCACCAUGUCGACAGCGUUGAUGGAAACGACAUACUCAAAUGGUCCAUCUCUGGGGCUCCGGCCAAGGCGGUGAUUGCGCUGGCCUAUAUCUUUGUCGGCGUUUACGGCCUCACUUGGGCGCCAGUGGCGUGGAUCUACUGCAGCGAGGUGUUUCCAUUGAAGUACCGGGCAAAGGGAGUAGGGCUGGCUGCGGCAGGCAACUGGAUCUUCAACCUUGCUCUCGCCUUCUUCGUCCCGCCCGCCUUCACCAACAUCCAGUGGAAAGCGUACAUGAUCUUUGGCACAUUUUGCUUUGCCAUGACCGCCCACGCCUUCCUCACAUACCCCGAGACGGCAAAAAGGUCUCUCGAGGAGAUUGACCAGCUUUUCGAGCAGAACUUGACUGCCUGGCGCACCGGCCGGACAGGUGCGACGUUUGAGGACAAGGUCGAAGAGGUCCGCCGCACGGGAGGGAUCCGGGAGCGCAAGCAAGAGGUGGAAGAUUUGCACGCGGAGCAUGCCUGA